AUCAUCCUUUUAGUUAUAGUUUUAUAAUCACAGAGAAGAGAGCGAAAGACGAAAUUUACGAUAGCUUUUGAAGGUACCAGUUUUUGUCAUCACUCUCUCAGCUGAUCGGUGCUUAUAGAUCCAGCGUCAGCAGAUUCAAUUUGACACUGGAAGCAAUUUCUCAUUUCAAAGAUUAAGUGAAAACAUGGUUGUCCUUGCUGCAUCCAUUGUGAGCAAAUCUGGCAAAGUUCUAGUUUCUAGACAGUUUGUGGACAUGUCUCGUAUCAGAAUUGAGGGUCUUCUAGCAGCAUUUCCCAAGUUAAUAGGCACUGGAAAGCAACACACAUAUGUUGAGACGGAGAAUGUGCGCUAUGUUUACCAGCCAAUGGAAGCACUAUACCUGCUUCUUGUAACAAACAAACAUAGCAACAUACUGGAAGAUUUGACAACUCUGAGACUUCUCUCCAAACUUGUUCCUGAAUAUUCUUACUCCCUUGAUGAAGAGGAUAUUUGCCAAAAUGCAUUUGAGUUGAUUUUUGCAUUUGAUGAAGUCAUCUCUCUUGGGCAUGCGGAAAAUGUGUCUGUUGCACAAGUUAAGCAAUACUGUGAAAUGGAGAGUCAUGAAGAGAAACUGCACAAGCUGGUUAUGCAGAGCAAAAUCAAUGAUACUAAGGAUGUUAUGAAGCGGAAAGCUAAUGAGAUUGAUAAAAGCAAGAUUGAAAAGAACAGAGGUGAUAAAGGGGGAUUUGGUCCUUUACAGUCACUAGGCUCUGGAAAAAUUGAAAAUAGCUUUAGUGAUUUGAGCAUAACUAGCAGCGGACCUGGUUUUGGAAGUGGCUCUGGUUUUGGAUUGAGUUCUGAUGUUGGUUCCUUUUCUACCAAGUCUAAAGGUGGUCCAACUUCAUCUGCCACUGCUCCACCAAAAGGUCUUGGAAUGAAGCUUGGUAAAUCUCAAAGGACAAAUCAGUUUUUGGAAUCAUUGAAAGCAGAAGGUGAGGUCAUUCUUGAACAUGUUCAACCAAAACUUGCUCAGGCAGCUGCCCCACCAUCUACAGAUCCCAUUUCUUUAGCUGUUGAAGAGAAACUAAAUGUGACACUAAAACGAGAUGGUGGAGUCAGUAAUUUUGAUGUUCAAGGCACAUUGUCUCUCCAAAUUCUUGACAAAGAGGAUGGACAUAUUCAAGUUCAGGUCCAAACUGGGGAGAAUCAAGCCAUCAUUUUCAAGACACACCCUAACAUGAAUAAAGAAUUAUUUGCCAAUGAAAAUGUACUAGGUCUAAAGGAUCCCAAUAGGCCUUUCCCCACGGGUCAAGCUGGUGGUUCUGAAGGUGUUGGUCUUUUAAAGUGGCGAAUGCAAAGCACUGAUGAGUCAAUGGUGCCUCUGACAAUCAACUGCUGGCCCUCUUCUUCUGGAAAUGAAACUUAUGUCAGCAUUGAGUAUGAGGCUUCAUCAUUGUUUGAUUUGCGGAAUGUUGUGAUCUCAGUACCUCUUCCAGCUCUUCGAGAUGCACCAUCUGUUAGACAGAUUGAUGGGGAAUGGAGGUAUGACUCAAGGAAUUCCUUUUUGGAGUGGUCUGUCCUUCUGAUUGAUAAUUCAAACCGCAGUGGGUCAAUGGAAUUUGUUGUUCCACAAGCCGAAUCAUCAGCAUUCUUCCCCAUUUCAGUUCGUUUUAUAGCAACUGAAACAUUUAGUGACCUGAAGGUCACCAGCAUCAUACCGCUAAAUGGGGGUAAUCCUCCUAAGUAUUCUCAGAGAACACAGUUGAUCACAGAAAACUACCAAAUUGUGUGAUCGUUUUUCCUCUCGACACUGAGCUUUUAUGACAGUUUUGCUUUUACAUUCGUGAUUCUUUUAUCAAAGGGCUUUUCUUUGCCAUGUUGCAUCAUUUUAUUAAAUUCGUAAAUUCAUAAUUUGGUUUUACUUUUUGCAAGCAUGGUGCAAAGUAUGAUUUUCAUAAUACGAAACUUAAGAGUGUCUUUUUACUCCAGAGCAUGUAUUAUUUUAUGUGGAUGAUGCCUUUCCCCUAUCCCCAUUCUCUGAAUUGGAGAUUGGAAUGUAUUAGAUGCUGUUAUUUGGAA